UUUCUUCUUCUCUUCGUAUCCAUCUUAUCUCUCUUCUCUCUUCCUAUCUAAAUUCUCUCGGGCUCUUAAUUUUUUGGAUUUUAUUUUUGUUUCGUAAUUUCUAAAUGUUCGUUCGAGAUUUGUCGGAGAAAAUUUCGGUAAAAUGUUGAAUUUUGUGCGAUUUUUUUGAAUAAAAGGAGAGGUCGUCAUCUUUUUUCUUUUUCUUUUCUUCUACUUCGCAAAUUGAAGAAUGGAAUCUUCGAAAAUUUGAUAUUUGCUCUUUUCUUGGGAUUUGAAUGCUUUUUCAUACCAUCAGGAAUCUGUUCGAGUUUCCAGUUUUUCUUCUAAAUCUUAAAUAUGUCGGAAGCUGAGAAAAGCCGGAAUAUUCCUCCCCGACGAACCCCUCCUAGAGAUCUGUUGCAGAGGUUCAUGUCCAAAAACCAGAAACUAUCUGACGAAAGCAACAACAUGGAAGAUGGAGAGGUAGAGAUUGAGCUAGACUUGGGGCUUUCUCUAAACGGCAGGUUCGGUGUGGACCCACUCGCGAAGACGAGGCUCACGCGGUCUUCCUCAAUUCCUGAUUUCGUGGUCAACGAUAGAUCGGAGCUGAGUAGGACUUGCUCGUUGCCGGUGGAGACAGAGGAGUGGAGGAAGAGAAAGGAGUUGCAGAGCUUGAGGCGGCUCGAGGCCAAGAGAAAAAGGUCAGAGAAGCAGAGAAACGUGAGAGUACUUAGAGAGAAACACAAAGCUGGAGGAGGAGGAGGAGGAGGAGGAGAAGAGAAGAUUGUAGAAGAAGGAUCUAUUGGAUCCUCUGGAAGUGGUUCCUCUGGUUUGUCCGAACUCGAUACCAUCCCUCCUCCUGUUCAAGCAACAACAAACAAGCCCAUGGAAACAAGUCCUUCAAGUGCGCAAUCUGUACCGGAGAAUCCGGCAGGCCGAAACAUCAUAGAAGACAUGCCAUGCGUGUCAACAACAGGUGAUGGACCAAACGGGAAAAAGAUCGAUGGGUUUCUGUAUCGAUACAGGAAAGGUGAGGAGGUGAGGAUCGUGUGUGUGUGCCAUGGAAGCUUCCUCUCGCCUGCAGAGUUCGUUAAGCAUGCUGGUGGCGGUGACGUGGCACAUCCUUUAAAGCACAUCGUUGUAAAUCCAUCUCCCUUCUUGUGACCCUAUAUGGUCUCUUUGGGACAGUUUCUCUUUACUCAAAUUGUUUGUAUCGAUUCGAAACAAAAUGUUACAAAUUCUAAUAUCUUUGAGGUCUAUAAACAGAAAUUAAAUUUAUCCAA